AUGGCCUCCAACCCUAAUGUGUCGGUUGUAGAAGGCAUGGACAUCAAUCCGGAAGAAGCGGAGUGCGCGGGAUGGAUUGAAGUAGCCAGCAAGAAGAAGAAACUUGCCGAGCGGGCGGAUUGUAACGCUGGUAAUGCGCCCACGUCAGCGACAGGAAGCGGUAAAGGCGGCUCCCGCACUGCCGCCUCACAGAACGUGUUGAGGCGUGUUGUGAAAGCUUCCAGGAUCCCAAACCUUCCCAGGGAUCACUUUAAGACCAUUAUACGGCCACGUGGAGGGAUGGAUGUCAAGAAGACAGACCUUCUUAUCUUCAAGCGCUCGCUCGCAAAGGCGGCUUCCCUAACAGCAGAGCAGGUGUUCGACGACACGCUGUGCACGAACCCCUUCCAGAACAUUUUCGUCGUUGCCACGCCGUUCGAGGCGAAUGCGCGCGCCUACGCCAGGGUCCAAGAGAUAAGUAUGGGCUCGACUGUCAUAGGCUUGGCGGCUUACGUGGCUGCGUCUGACAACACAUGUAAAGGAGUGAUCCGUGGAAUCAAUGUGGAUCUCAGUGACGCAGAACUGACAGAGAUGAUUGUUAACCGGAGGAACCCUGACGCUCUGGGGGUUCGAAGAAUCAAGAAGACACCAACAGUGAUCGUGUUGUUUGACGGACAAAAGGUCCCCCAGCACGUCGUGUGUGAUGGUGUUCGAUACCCUUGUUCCUUGUAUCGCAGCGCACAUGCAGUUCCACACAUUCCGAGACCAGGCUCAGUUUCCUACGAUGCUUUGAACCUUCGCCAGCUGCCGGACCUCGACGAAUUGUUCGAUGGUUACGACAAGCGGGCUUGGCCCACAUAUGGCACAGGAGAGCCUACCAAAGUCGUAGUGGACAUGCACAUCAACACCCUAGGACCCAUGAAUGCGGAGGACAUGGAUUACGAGAUGGACAUAUUUUUCCGGCAAGCCUGGCGGGACCCGAGGAUAUCACUGCGGCGUUUCGGCCACAUGGAUAACUUGACGGUGAACGGUGGUGCCCUGUUGGCUCGUAUGUGGAAGCCCGACUUGUACUUCGUGAACGCCGAGGAGGUCCGCACGCACUCCGUCACCAUGCCCAACCAGCUGCUCAGGCUGUCGCCAGACGGGGACGUGCUCAUCAGCAUCCGGUUGAGUUUGAGGCUUUCCUGUUUGAUGUACUUCUACUAUUUUCCAUUCGACAAGCAGAGGUGCUUCGCCAAACUUCGUCCAUAUAUCAACACACUCAGCCAAGUGGUGUUCAUAUGGCGAGAAGACCAUCCUGUACACUUGGAUCGACCAUUUCACAUGCAGGACUUCAACCUCAUAGACAUGUCGUACGAGAACUACACCAUUGAGCUCGAAAAAGGGUCUUUUUCGUGCCUCCAGGUUACCUUCCUACUAGAACGGCAGCAAGGAUUCCACAUGAUCCAGACGUAUUUGCCAAUCUACAUACUGGUGUUUCGUUUCUUGGCUUUCUCAGUGGAUCAGGCCGGACUUUAUUCCCUCCCAGGUUUGUAG